GGUUCCGCCUCAGAGCCUGAAGAAACUCGAGGGAAACCGCGAGCGAUUUCGAUCACUUUCGCGUCAUGGAGCUUCAAAACACCGACUCCUUGCCUCACGAGGAACCUGAGGAGGAAAAACGGAACGGUGCGAGGGCACCCAUGGUCUUGCCGGCUGGAGAGGGGAGAAAUGAGGAAGCGAGUGGACAAGGCCAGCCUGGGCGGGAAGCCGCAGCAGCGGAAGGGGAAGGAGCAGGAGAAUUAAGUGGAGAAGGCCCCUCGGCUGCUGAUGCUGCAGGCCUCGAGGAUGGCGGGAACCAAGAGGGCGCCUGUGGCGGCGCCCGGGAGAAUGAGCAGCGACCUCAGGAGCCGGUUCACGAGGGCAUGGGGGGCACCGAGGGUGUGCAGUCUGUGCCAGCACUGGUGACCCAUGCCCAGCCUGUGCCACGUACAGUAUGUCGUGUACAGCCUGUAUCAGUUACAGCUCCCCAGGUACAGCCUAUGCCACCUAUGUUGCCCUGUGUACAGCCUGUGCUAAUUAAUGUGCAUAGUAUACAGCCUGUGUCAGUUAGGGCGCCCCAUGUACAGCCUGUGUCAGGCACCUUUCCCUGUGUACAGCCUAUGCCAGUUAUGGUGCCCAAUAUGCAGCCUGUGCCAAUCACUGUGCCCAGGAGACGGUCUGUGCCCAUUAAUGUGCCCCGUGUCCAGCAUAUGCCAAUCACUGUGCCCAGGAGACGGUCUGUGCCCAUUAAUGUGCCCCGUGUCCAGCCUAUGCCAAUCACUGGGCCCAGGAGACGGCCUGUGCCUGUUAAUGUGCCCCAUGUACAGCCUAUGCCAAUCACUGUGCCCAGGAGACAGUCAGUGCCUAUUAAUGUGCCCUGUGUCCAGCAUAUGCCAAUCACUAUGCCCAGGAGAGGGCCUGUGCCUGUUAAUGUGCCCCGUGUCCAGCCUAUGCCAAUCCCUGUGCUCCAAAGACAGCCUGUGCCUGUUAAUGUGCCCCAUGUCCAGCCUAUGCCAAUCACUAUGCCCAGGAGACGGUCUGUGCCUGUUAAUGUACCCCGUGUCCAGCCUAUGCCAAUCACUGUGCCCAGGAGACGGCCUGUGCCUGUUAAUAUGCCCCAUGUACAGCCUAUGCCUGUUAAUGUGCCCCGUGUACAGCCUAUGCCUGUUAAUGUGCCCCAUGUACAGCCUGUGCCAAUCACUGUGCCCCAUGUCCAGCCUAUGACAAUCACUGUGCUCCAUGUACAGUCUAUGCCUGUUAAUGUGCCCCAUGACCAGCCUAUGCCAAUCACUGUGCCCAGGAGACGGUCUGUGCCUAUUAAUGUGCCCUGUGUCCAGCAUAUGCCAAUCACUAUGCCCAGGAGAGGGCCUGUGCCUGUUAAUGUGCCCCGUGUCCAGCCUAUGCCAAUCCCUGUGCUCCAAAGACAGCCUGUGCCUGUUAAUGUGCCCCAUGCACAGCAUAUGCCAAUCAAUGUGCCCAGGAGAGGGCCUGUGCCUGUUAAUGUGCCCCAUGUACAGCCUGUGCCAAUCACUGUGCCCCAUGUACAGCCUAUACCAGUUAAGGUAACUAGCACACCACAUAUGCCAGUUCCUAUUGCACAGCCUAUGCCAGUCAGGGUGGACUGUGUACAGCCCACACCAAUUAUAGUACCCAGUGUUCAGUCUAUGCCAGGGAUGGUGCCCAAUGUGCAACAUGUGCCAUUUAUGGUACCCUGUGUCCAGCCUAUGCCAGCUACAAUGACCCAUGUUUCACCUGUGCCGCCUGUGCCCUGUGUGCCGCCUGUGCCAGCAACAGUGCCCCGUGUGCGGCCUGUGCCAGCAACGAUGCGCCGUGUGCGGCCUGUGUCGGUUAGGAUGCCACGUGUACAGACUGUGCCAGAUACGGCGCCCAAUGUACAGCCUCUGCCAGCGCUGCUGUCCCGCCGCCGUCUCCGUGACAGGUUUAUGAGGAUGCACCUGCAGGAGCCAGAACGGUUUUUCCAGAGAAAUGACUAAA